AUGUCCACCGGUGAGGGGACCUUCUACAUUGCACAUAAUGAUGGGUCAGAUGAUGAGUCCGAUAAGGAUCCACCUCGAGAGGCCAGUCCCGAUGGUGCAGAAGUUGCAUUAUUUUUUGAUCCAGAGCCUCUUCCAACCAUACCUGAAGAUGUUGAAGGGGGUUCAGAUGAUGAAGAAGAAGAUCUGCGAUUCAGGGCUUACUCGCCUCUAGCCCACAUGUAUAAUGUCGAUCUAUCUCAAGAUGAUGCGUUGGAGUUUCCAGAUUUACCACACCGAAGGCGUGACUGUAUAAGUUCCUUAUUGGAUUUGGGUAAAUUGGAAGUUGGUAAGGAGUUUUCCAAUAAAGAUAGUUUUCUUGGUGCAUCAAAACAACAUAGCAUAAUGAACGGGGUUAACUACAACAUGCUUAAAUCCAAAUCUGAUAAGUUUGAGGCCAAGUGUGUAGUGCAAGACAGUGUUUCGGAAGAUCAUCCCAAGAUGGAUUUAGAUAUGUUAGCUACCUUAAUACUACCGACUAUGAAGGUGGAUCCUAGAACUUUAGUGCCGGUGCUGGAGAGAUAUGUCCCAGGUUGCAUAACAGACCUUGAAACGAAACCUAUAUACUGCAAUGACCGAUUGCUCUAUGGAUGCCAAGUAUUUAAGCAUUUGUUCUGGAGCUUUAAGCAAUACCGAGACGCAUUUCUAUAUUGCAAGCCAUUGGUACAAAUUGACGGUAUCUUUAUGUACGGUAGAUAUGCCCAUCGGCUGUUGCUAGCUAUGGCACAGGAUGGCAGUGGGAGAAUCCUACCAAUUGCAUUUGCAAUAACAUCGAGAGCAUCAGCUGAUGACUAG